CAGGAGUGUAGGUAUCUCUUUGAAAACUCUGUUCACCUCUCACACCGGAUCGGAUGGCCUAUGACCCAACUAACUCUGUUGGACGUCCCCUUCUUGCCCUAACGAACGACCGAGACGUGUCGCUCUACCCCCCACACACCUCCAAAAAUGCAUCAUUCUUGCGCUUCCUCCGGCGCCCUCGUGUCAUCGCCCUCUCCGUUUCGGUCUUUCUCAUCAUCGCUGCGACAUACACGUACUUCGCACCACUCUCAUUACCGAGGACUCUGCCCGGGUUCGGCAGCAAGUCGCAACAAGAUGGCACACACUCCAUUGCCCCAGCCCCUCACUCUGAUCCUUAUGCCAUUGAGCACCGUCCUCCGCCUCCCGUCGACCCUGCCUAUCCUCUCUCCGUUUUCAAUACUCUUUCAAAUGCUAUGUCCCGCUACACACUGCUCACGUCACGGCCUCCGCCUCUCCACUACUCCAAAUUCCACACCUACGCGCAGGAGCACAAGUGUUUCACGGAUCCACGCGCCUACGCCGGCGUCUUCGCCGACUUCGGACCCUUCUGGGCAGCCGAGAGAAGGGAAGAGCGGAGGACAGGGAAGAGAGGGUGGUUCCGCGAGCAGGUGACGAAGACUGCCGAGCGCUGGGUCAGGGACGGGGACUCGCAUGGGGCCGUCGCAAUGGAUGUCCGGAGCGGCAGAAUGUACCGUCCAGGGUAUCAGGGGAGUUAUUUCGAUGGGGAUUGGGACAACAAGAUCAACAUGUUUGCCUCCUCAUUGCCAGACAUGAAGGUGCUGAUCAAUGGACGAGAUGAGCCCCGGGUUGCCUACGACACGGCUCCGCUGCUCCGGGGGUCCAAGUCCGAGGUUAAUCUAGGCAUCGUGGACGGCAAACCCUUCGCACAUUCCUUCGAUGGGUCGGCCCCUGCGUCCGACUUCUUUCGGACCCGAGAGGGCUGUGCUCCUCUUAAUGGUGAAAUGGGAGACGUACCCUUUCUUGUCUCCCCAUCGUCAUCUGACCUCACCACCGAUCUCAUCCCCAUUCUGAGUAUGGCAAAGCUGGCUGAUGGGUCCGGUAUUGGCAGUGGCGCAGCUCUUGACUUCAGCCCCUCCAGUGGACACUCCUGUUUCGCGGAUAUCCUCAUCGUCGGCGAGUUUUACUACACCAGCUCAUCGUGGGCGGGCAAGUUCGAGUUUUCGGACAAUGUCCCUUGGGAUAAGAAGCGAGAAGUAAUCUAUUGGCGCGGCAAAUCAAAUGGAGGGCACAUCCGCGGGCAAAAUUAUCGCUUCUUCCCGAGAUUUAGAUUGAUGGACAUUGCCAGGGAGCCUGAGAAUAAGCACCUCUUCGAUGUGCAGAUAACUGAAUGGCACGAAUGGCAUUGCACCGACAAUUGCGAUGCGGAUGCUAUUCGGAAGGAAUACAACAUAACGGGCCAAAAAGCCCCGAGAGAAGAGAGCUACAAAUACAAGUAUGUCUUGGAUGUGGACGGCAAUUCGUUCAGUGGCCGUUAUCUUGGGCUCCUACGCAGCGGGUCGCUGGUCUUCAAGUCAACUGCCUUCGCUGAGUAUUUCACACCGUGGCUCAUCCCUUACGAGCAUUUCAUCCCUGUGCGACCCGAUCUUUCUGACUUGGCGGCCAAGAUCGCUUGGGCACAGAAGAAUGAUAAAGAGGCUCACAGAAUACAAGAAUCAGGACGCCGGUUCGCUGAAGACGUGCUAACCGGUGCCCAGAACGAUUGCUAUUGGUUUGCGGUUAUGCUCGAGUGGGGUGAGCUGUGGGGCUCGGCAGAAGUGUAGAGGAUUCAGAUAAUUUAUCGCUCGUCAGUACGAUUGCAGAUAAACAGCGCCUUGUGUGAUCACGUGCAUUUCACGUGCAAAC